UUUCGUGUUCUGCAAUUUUGGGCCUUCAGCAAUCUAGGUUGCCUAUAUGUGACCAUGGUCACCUCUUAAAAAUAGUGUCAAUACACACAGUCAUCUUCAUUUUCACUCGACAACCAGCCAGAUAAUGAAACCCCUUAAUUCACUUGUUUGCUCGCUAGACUUUCCGUGAUGUCAUCAUGCCUUUAUCAUCAGCUGAACAAAAGUCUAACAUGCUCCAAAAACCUCUGAAAUACUACACGUCACAAAGAAAACAACAACUGGGUCCAAGGUAUGCUACAAAGCGGCACGUUAGCGCUGUUCGUUCGGAAAAAUAACAUGAGGCAGCUUGAAAGUCACACCUCGCCAGGACUGUAACACAAGACACGUGAGGAAACCUGAGCCGGUUCCACCAACCAGAUCCUGCCCGUUCUGUUCCGCUGGCACACAGUGUCCCCAUAAACUACUGUACAAGCUGUUGAGUCUGUAUAUUAUCCAAAACGCUCUCUGUGCUCUGCAUGGUCCCGGGGUCUCAGAGGUCUGACAAAAGCCGUGGGUGCCACCAAACCCGGUUCUGUUAAACCUUCAUGAAGGCAUGUCAGACGUUGCAUCCUGGAGGUCCCAGGAGAACAGUGAAUGGAGUCAGUCAGUCCCAGCGGUAAACAAAGUCUGGAUCUCCUUAAUAGGAGAUCGGCUCUACUUUGCCACCCUACGGAGCAAGCCGAAAAGCACAGCGAACACGCAUUACUUCAGCACGGAUGAGGAGUAUGUGUAUGAAAACUUUUAUGCAGAUUUCGGACCGCUCAACCUCGCUAUGCUGUACCGGUACUGCUGUAAACUCAACAAAAAGCUUAAGCUGGCAAGCUGUAGUUCACUCAUGUGUUCAUGUUUUGGAAUAUUGAAGUCUUUCACACUGACCAGGAAGAGGAUUGUGCACUACACCAGCUUUGACCAGCGCAAAAGGGCUAACGCUGCUGUGCUCAUCGGUGCCUAUGCUGUGAUUUACCUUAAGAAAACACCGGAAGAAACCUACAGAGCUCUGAUCUCCGGAUCUAACGCCUCGUAUCUACCCUUCAGAGAUGCUUCAUUUGGGAAUUGCACAUACAAUCUGACUGUUCUCGACUGUCUGCAAGGCAUAAGGAAGGCCCUUCAGCACGGCUUCUUGAACUUCGAGACGUUUGAAGUUAAUGAGUACGAGCAUUACGAGCGUGUAGAGAAUGGAGAUUUAAAUUGGAUCAUCCCCGGCAAACUUCUUGCAUUCAGCGGCCCUCAUCCCAAGAGUAAAGUAGAGAACGGUUAUCCCCUCCACGCACCCGAGGCUUAUUUCCCUUAUUUCCGCAAGCACAACGUUACCACCGUAGUCCGUCUCAACAAGAAGAUCUACGACGCCAAGCGCUUCACGGACGCCGGGUUCGACCACUACGACCUGUUCUUCGUGGACGGCAGCACGCCCAGCGACAUCAUCACCCGACGCUUCCUGCACUUGUGCGAGAGCACGGAUGGGGCGGUUGCCGUGCACUGCAAAGCGGGUUUAGGCCGGACAGGUACUCUGAUUGGCUGUUACCUGAUGAAACAUUACCGUUUCACAGCCGCCGACGCCAUCUCCUGGAUACGCAUCUGUAGACCCGGGUCCAUCAUCGGACCCCAGCAGCAUUACCUGGAAGAGAAACAGGCGAGCCUCUGGGCCCAUGGAGAUAUACACCGCUCCAAACAGAGGCAGUAUGAGGAGCGAUCUGUCCCUCACCUGAUCUCCAGUAUAGACAACCUCUCCAUCAACACCUCUAUUUUCAAAUCUUACAGUUUGGACCGCAUGGAAGAGAAAGAUUAUGCCGAGAAUGACCUCGGGAUGACUCAAGGAGACAAACUGCGUGCCUUAAAAGGUCGACGGCAACCCAGGUCUGCUACGACCGGAGCCAUAAGGCUUGAAGACAUGAAAAUGCACACCCGAUCUGCAUCACAGCCUCUCAGCAGAAUGAAGCCGACAGUCACCAGCCAGGGCUCCGUCUCGCCACUGAAGUCCUCCAAGGUACCAUCAUCCUCAUCCUCCGCCUCUGCCAAGCGAAUCGGUCGCUCUUCCUCCUCCACCAACCUCAAGAGCACCCGGUUAGCCAGCUCUCUUGGUAACCUGUACGAGCCUGACGGCGAAGCCAACAGCUCCGUGAACAAGCCCUCCCCCUCCUCCUUCACUUCCUCUUCCCAAACCCUCCGUACGGCCUACAGCGGCCCCCACAAUUACCGCUAUGAGGUCAACAAUAAUCGGUAUAAUAUGUCUAGCACCCCGAACACUGGUCCAGACAGUGGGCGGAAAAGUCUGACCUUCAACCUCAACCACACCAGCUCGGUGGGGUCUUCCACACUUGGAAGGCUGGGGGCCGAGGAACAGGGGGCUCACAGGAGCUCCCAGACGGGGCUUAGCGGGCUCUCUGCACGCUACCUCAGCCGGUCCAUUCCCUCCCUUCAGUCUGAGUAUGUUCAGUACUAAAGCGGCGACUCUUCACUGACCCCGUGCGCCCAGACUGAUUCUGACCCGCGAAGACCGCACUGUGACCGACGACCCUCCGGUUUAAUGUGCGCUCAAAAGAAAACUUAUUCAGGAGGUGUGUUUAAGACUUCAGUAGAUGGUGUGCGGAUGCAGUCGCCGCUGAAAGAAACCGAAGCUGACCGGGGAACUGUCAUACUAUACAUCUGUCAUAACAGGGUUGAACUGAUCUGGAAUCUGACAACUAACCUUUGCCAUCCUUUUGCCACUUUUUCUUUAUUUUAUUUUUUUAAAGAAACUUGUGUAUGAAUACACACAAAAGAUAUUUUUAGAAAAAGUAUUUUGUACUAUUUUUCCUCGUUGUUUUAUCUACACGUGAUCUUACGCUUGACGACGAAGCACGUUCUGCUGAGAUAUUCGUACGUCUGUUAAUAAGGUAAUCGUUCUGACGCAAAUAUCAUGUUUUUGUCUCCUGAGUGUACUUGCUGAAUAACAUAUCAAGUGCAGGAGCUAUUUUUAAAAGGUGCAAAAUGGGUUGACGUCAUCUUCAAAGGGUUUUAGGGCACGUUUAGGCACAGGAAAGCGCAUGUUUUUUUAUUUUAAUCAGGUUGUAGGGGUCUAAGGUGGUCUGCUAAUGAGACCACAAUCAUUAGUGAGCGAAAGAACGGAUCUCCAUUUAUUUUUCAAUGUAUAAGAAGGGCUUUGUUUGUUCGGUGGAGUAACAGGGUGGACUCCUGUUCUUUUCCCAGGCCUUAGUGACACCAUACUGUAUGUUUUUAUUAAACCAACACUGCUCUGAGCUCGCGUGGCUCUUGAGAGCAUGAAGGGCUGUUGAGAACGUAAAUUCGUCGAUGCUUUUUCUCGCCGCUUUCACCAGCGUCCCUGAGCACCUUUCGGCUGCGGGUCUCCACAUGCACCUUAUUUGCAUGUUGUAGCUUAAACGCUUUCAAUAUACAUUCAGCAUAUUUUGUAGACGUUCAUAUAAAUAACUAAACCCUUGUUCUUAAUGCACAUAACGAAUGUAUUAACGCAACAUUUUUGAUCAAGCGACAGUGUGAUAUGGUUUGCAUUCUUAAAAUCUUGGGUGUUCGUAUACGUUUACCAGCACGGUUUAAGCUACAACGCUUAAAUAUUGACUACACAUUAAAAUGAUGGUAGACUAAUGACAGAAUGUUCACGAAUGGGUGAACUAACCCUAAACGUUCUAUUUUUAUGCAACUGCGUUGAAUUCUUGGAUUUUGUUCAUAACUAAUGACACUUUUGUUGUUGUUUAUUUUUCACCCUGCAGCACUGUACAUUCCAUAAGGUGUUAUAAUCUUUCUGUAUAUACAUUUUGGGAGAAUCUUUUUUGAUUGAAGAAUUCUACCGCUUUGAUAUAUAUAUAUAUACAUUGUACUUGCUGUAAACUACUCUUUUGCUUAUAUAAAAAGUAUAUAUAUUUUUGAAACUGUGUGUAAAAAACAAAAAAAUCUAACAAUGUUACUGGAGCAAACGUCUUGAUUUUCACAAACGUAGUUAAUGAAAUGUAAAAUACAAAGUAGUGGAUUGUACAUUAUUCUUUUACAUUGUAAACAGGCUUUCAACGACCAGAACAAAAUAAACACGAUUUCAAGCG